AUGAGCACAUCAGGACAUUGGAAGGAGGAGAGCACAGCGGUUCUGCCGUCGUCUGUGUCUGCCACUCGGUGGUACUCGAGCAAGACUGGCCUUCGUGUGGUCCAUGUCGAUGUGGUGGGCCCUGUGGUGGAGGGCUACUUCACCUUGGCCACCGAGUCACACGAUGAUAUGGGACUGCCGCACAUUCUGGAACAUGGUGUUUUUCUGGGUUCGGACACCGAGGCGUAUUCGUACAAGGGUGUUCUUGAUCAGCUGGCUGAUCUGUGUCUGGCGAGAGGCACAAACGCAUGGACCGCUACCGAUCACACCGCCUACACCGUGACUACAGCUGGCUCGGAUGGCUUCCUCACCCUCAUGCCCAUCUUUGUGGAUCACAUCCUCUUCCCCACUCUGACCGAUGCUGGUGUCCUCACAGAGGUCCACCACAUCAACGGUGAGGGCGAGGACGCUGGUGUGGUCUACUGCGAGAUGCAGGCCCGCGAGCACACCUCAUCGGAGAAGGCCUACUUUGCCCUGCUCCAUGGCCUCUUCCCGGGCUCGGGCUACGAGGCCAACACCGGUGGCGCGCUCUCAGAGCUUCGAAAGGUCACUCCCACCGACAUCCGCAACUACCACUCGGAGAACUACGUCGCCGAGAACCUCUGCCUCAUUGUGGCCGGCUCCAUCGACGUCGCCGACGUCUUUGCCGCACUCGCCGACGUCGAGGACAAAAUUGUUGCCCGCCGGCCCGACGGGUACGUCCCGCGCCCGCGGCCAUGGGCCACGCCGGCGCCGCCUAUUUCUGCCUCGGUCUCGACCACCGUCUUCUUCCCGGACGCCGACGAGACCGUCGGCGAGGUCGUUGUCGGCUUCCGCGGGCCGGGCUACACCGAGCUCGACGAGCGGACCGCACUGGCGGUCGCACUCGACUACUUGGUCGAGACGCCGAUUGCGCCACUGCAGGUGGCGUUUGUCGAGCGCGAGGACCCGCUCGCCGGCUCCAUCUCGCACUGGUCCGAGUCGUUUGACGUCGAGGGCUGCGUCAUCCACUUUGAGUCGGUGCCCAAGGCCAAGCUGCCGCUCAUCGAGGACGCGUUUGCCGCCGCGCUCACCGCCGCGCUUGCCGAGCCGUGGGACGCCGAGCGGUUGGCGAUCCUUGUCGAGCGGCGGCGACUCAAGUGCAUCGAGGCGCUCGAGUCGCGGCCACACGCCACGGUCGCCCACUCGGCCAUCGCCGACUUUGUCUGGGGCCCUCUCGACGGCUCGCUCUUUGCGCCGGCUCUUGAUGCCGCAGCCAGGUUCGCGGCGCUGGCUUCCCGCGAGCCGGCCUACUUUAUUGAGCUACUCCGCAAGUACCUCGCUGACGCCCACCGAGUCACUGUCGUGGCCGAGCCGUCAGCCGAGUACGGCGCCAAGCUCCGGGCUGACGAGGCCGCCCGCCUCGAGGCCCAGAAAGAGGCGCUCGGAGCUGACGGUCUUGCCGCCAAGGCUGCGGCCCUGGCCGAGGCCAAGGCCAUCAACGAGAUCCCGGUCCCGGAGGAGGUUCUCAACUCGAUUCCGCGACCGCGCAUCGAGUCGGUCUCGCUCAUUCCGGUUGACACGUGCUUGUACGACCCGUUUGCCGCACCCGGCGCGCCGUUUGCCGCCCUCCGCGGCCUCGACUCGGAGCUGACCAACUACGCCCGGCUCUCGGCCAUGUCGCUUGAGCUGGCGCAGGCCCGGAUCCAGUUUGAUGACAUCCCGUCGGCCUUUAUCGGCGUCGCUGCCUACAUCGACACCUCGCACCUCCCGCCGCAGCUGCGGCAGUAUCUCCCGCUCCUUGUCGAGCUCUUCUUUGAGGCGCCGACGACCACCGCUGCCGGCGAUGCCAAGCUCUCCCACGAGGAGAUGGUCGCGUUUGUGGCCGCCAACACCGUCAAGGCCUCGACGUCGCUCGGGACCGGUGGAUCCUCCUUUGGCCCGGGAGCAUAUGCCAACUACCUGGUUGUCUCGCUCGAGGCUGCCGCCGACAAGUACGCCACAGUGGUUGAGCUCCUCCGCGACCUGCUGUUCUACCCGGCUGACACGGCGCAGCGGCUGCGGGUGGCAGCGAUGCGCCUGGCGGCCGAGGCAUCGGACACCCGCCGCGACGGUAUGACCAUGGCCCGCAGCGGCGCUGCCUGGCUCUCGUUUGAUCACCUCCACCACAACGCCAACGCGGCCAACCUCGUCCGCCAAGACUCUUUCCUCCGCGAGCUUGCCGACGCGCUCGCCGACGAGACCUCAUCGGCGGCAGCUGGCCACUUGGCCGCGUUUGCCUCACUCCGUGCCGCUCUCACCCGUGCGACCGACAUAACGCUCCACGUUCGCGGCGCACUCCACGACCUGCCGCUGCUCCAGCCCUUUGCCGCUAGCGUGUGGACUGGCGCGGACGCGAGCCCGAGCCCGGCCGCCGCACCACCUGCCCGUAUCACGCUGCCGGAGGCCGGGGCGGGCGGCCCGAGCCCGGCCACUGUCGUCCUCCCGCUUGCCUCGUGCGAGUCAACGUUCCUGGUGAGGACCUGCCGCGGCGUGGCGUCCGAGUCGGACCCACAGCUCCCGGCGCUGCUGGUGGCGCUGCAGUACCUGACGAGGAUGGAGGGCGACUUUUGGCGCGAGCUCCGCGGGCUCGGCCUCUCGUACUCGUACGCCAUCAGGCCUGAUGUGGCGUCUGGCCUGCUCGCCUUUGUCCUCUACCGCGCCGCACAGCCCGAGGAGGCGUACCGGGUCGCUGCCAAGAUAGUUGCCGAGUACGCCGAUGGCAGCCGGACCAUCGAGCCUGUUGGCCGCGACGCCGCCGUCUCGGCCACUCUCUUCACUAUUGUCGACCGCGAGCCUACUAUCACUGCCGCCGCAGACCAGUCGUUUGUCAACCUCCAGCUCCGGUCGGUGGCGCACGACCACACGGCUGCGCUGCUCAAGGCUGUGUCUGCCGUCACUCUCGAAGACAUGCGCGCCGCGCUCAACACCUUUGUCCUCCCGCUCUUUGACGAGGACUUUGCCCACCUGGCGGUGACCACCAACACUGCAGCUGCUGACGCCAUGGCCCAGUUCUUCACCGACCACCUCGGCCGCGACGCCGUCAAGGUUGUGGCCCAGGCCGAGCUUGACGAGUACUUUGCCGCCGACGAGGCCAACGAGGUUACCGUCGGCAACCUCAUCGACCUUUAG